AUGGAGGAACUGAGGAAUGUGGGGGAGAGGCCCCAAGCCUCCCCUUCGCCGCCAUCUCAAGAGGGGCAAGACAACGCCGAAGACCCAGCCUUGCUUCGCAGCAUCUCCUCGACCUCCACGUGCUGCCUCUUGGGGUGUAUGUCCACCCGAGAGGCUCUUCGGGUGUCUCUACACUCUUGGGAGUAUUUGGACGACUUCGGCAAAACUCAAGGCCCGUUCGACGCGUUGCGCGUGUUGAAGUGGAUUCAAAAUGGAUAUUUCGACAAAAGAGGAAAUAUGCUCUUCAGAAAAAGAGGAGAUUCUGAACUGAAGCCUUUGCUGCACUGCAUGCCUUAUAUCUUGACCGAGGCCUACGCCUUAAUGGUGCUGCGGAUGCAGCGGCCCGAGCCUGCUGCUGCAGCAGCAGCAGCAGAAGAGCCCCUGGAGAUGUUUGAGGCGCAGCCGAUGCAACUUGCUGAAAAACUCAACGACGCAGAUGCCAUCCUUGAUGCCAAAAUGCUGCAGCGGAGCCUGGGGACUUGCGAUUUGCUGCUGGUGCUGGUGCCCCCCAGAGGCAAAAGCAGCAAAAGAAAUAAAAGUGAGCAGCAGACAAUUUUGCUUCCGGAAGAUUUGCUGAAGAAGGCCCGC